ACAAUUGAUAAUAAUGUUAGCAAAAAAGGUGGUUAUUUGGUCUGUCAUAAUUCGCAAAUGCUUCUUGUUUUGUGCAGCUUUGGACACCAUAACCAUUAACAAACCCCUCAGAGAUGGUGAUCAGCUUCUGAUUUCUAAAGAAAAAAAGUUUGCUCUUGGUUUCUUCACUCCAGGCAAAUCCAGCAAUCGCUAUGUUGGAAUUUGGUACUACAAUUUGAUAGAGCAAACUGUCGUUUGGGUUGCAAACAGAGACGAUCCCAUGAAUAACACCUCAGGAAUUCUCUCCAUCAGCUCAGACGGAAACCUAAUUCUCCAUCACAACAACUCCGACAUGCCCAUCUGGUCUACGAAUGUUUCUGUCACUGUUCCAAAUGCUAAAGUUAUGGCUCAACUCACAGAUUUAGGUAAUCUUGUUUUGAUCCAAAAUAAUUCCAAAGCUGUUAUCUGGCAGAGCUUUGAUCAUCCCACGGAUACCUUACUCCCGUAUGCCAAAUUGGGUGCGAACAAAAGAACUGGUCAGAGCUGGUUCUUGCGAUCUUGGAAGACGGAGGAGGAUCCUGGAACAGGAAGCUUCUCAGUUAGGUUCAACACUAGUGGGAAAGCUCAGUUGUUCAUGUACUAUAAGGACACUCCAGUGUGGCGUGGUGGAUCCUUCAAUGGUGAAGUAUUCGUUGGUAUCCCGUUUAUUAAACGAGCAAAGGUGAAUGCUUCUAACAUGACUGUCACGGACAAUGAUAAUGAAAUUAGCUACGUAUAUAACGCCUUUGACAAGACCCUUAUUGUAAGGAUGGUAGCUCUUCCGGCUGGACUCUUUCAAUCUUUGACCUGGGAUUCUAAUAAGAAACGAUGGAGGCGAUACUGGUCUGCUCCAGAAGGUGAUUGUGAUAACUAUGGAUCCUGUGGCACCAAUACCGACUGUGACCCUCUUGACUAUGCAAAGUUCAAAUGUUCUUGCCUACCUGGGUUUGAACCCAAAAAUGCAUCACGUUGGUAUCAACAUGCUGAUGCAACAGAGGGUUGUAUGAGGAAGAAAGGACCAUCCUUAUGUGGAAAUGGAGAAGGUUUUGUUAGAGUUGAAAGUGUGAAGAUUCCUGAUACAUCUGUAGUUAAUGCUAAUAUGGAGAUGGGUUUGGAAGAAUGUGAAAAAGAGUGCUUGAGAAACUGUUCUUGUAGUGCCUAUGCAACUGCUGAUGUGAGAAAUGGUGGAAGCGGAUGCUUGACAUGGUAUGGGACUUUGAUGGACACACAGAUAUUAAGUGAGGAAGGGCAUGAUUUAUUUGUUCGCGUUGAUGCUGUUGAGCUUGCCAAAUAUGCUAAGAAACCAAAACGACCACAUGUUAAGUUUGGGAAAGUGGGAAUAGCAACGACCAGCGUUGGUUUGAUUAUUUCUCUUCUGACUGCCUUAACCGUGUAUUGCAUUUGGAAGAGAAAAAGAGGAGAUGACAUAACCGAACUUGAGUUAAAAUUAGAUUCCCCAACAGAUCAAGAGGACCAUGAUAAUAACAGGGCACAAUCAGGCUUACCUUUUUUCAGCAUCAAAAACAUAACGACUGCAACAAACAAUUUCUCCAAUGAGAAUCAAUUAGGGAGAGGUGGAUUUGGUUCCGUAUACAAGGGCUUAUUAACUGGUGGACAAGUGGUAGCAGUGAAGAGACUAUCUCAUUGUUCUGGACAAGGGACUCGCGAGUUCAUGAAUGAAAUUAAACUAAUUGCAAAACUGCAACAUAGAAAUCUUGUGAAGUUGCUUGGGUAUUGCAUUCACGAGAAAGAAAGGAUGUUGAUCUAUGAGUACCUUCCCAACAAAAGCUUGGACUUUUUUAUCUUUGAUAGGAUUCAAAGAAUGUCAUUAGAUUGGGAUACACGCUUUCAUAUCAUAUUUGGAAUUGCUCGAGGUCUUCUUUAUCUUCAUCAAGAUUCAAGGUUAAAAAUAAUCCAUCGAGAUCUUAAAGCUAGCAAUGUCCUAUUAGAUGCUACAAUGAAUCCUAAAAUCUCAGAUUUUGGCAUGGCAAGAAUAUUUGGAGAGGAUCAAACCCAAGCAAAAACAAGACGAAUUGCGGGGACAUAUGGUUAUAUGUCUCCAGAAUAUGCAAUGGGAGGACAAUAUUCAACAAAAUCUGAUGUUUUUAGUUUUGGUAUUCUAAUGUUAGAGAUUAUUAGCGGCAAGAGAAAUACAGAUCAUGAUGAAGCAAGAGCAUUCCUAAAUUUGAUUGGACAUGUAUGGGAGCUGUGGAGGGAAGGAAAACCCUUGGAAAUAAUGGACUCAACGCUUGGUGAAUCAUAUCCUGUUGACGUGGCCUUAAGAUGUAUACAGAUUGGGCUCUUGUGUGUGCAAGAAAUUGCCUUCCAUAGGCCAUCCAUGUUGGAAGUUAUUUUCAUGCUUGGCAAUGAAGUAAGCCUUCCAUUACCUCAAAAGCCUGCAUUCCUAUUGAAUUAUUUUGUACAGCCUUCAGAGUCUUCAACAUUUGGAAAACCUUCAAUGAACAACAUCACUACUACUGCAAUUAGUGGUCGAUAAAUACGAUAAGUGAGCUUGAGUGAAAUGUAUAAUAUUGUCAUCAAUAUGUCUUCUUAGGAUCUGCUUUAUCCAACUUGAUUGUAUGUAUUAAUACAUGUACUUGUGAUGUUACUUGUGCACCUAAAAAAUGUGGCUAUAUCUAACUCACUAUAUAAAAUAUAUAUGACCCAUUUCUGGACU